AAGGAAAGCUUCCAAGGCUGGAAGGUUGUCUCCGUGGUAGCUUGCCAGCCCUGGAGAGCAUGUACUUCGAGGAGCUGUGCACAGUUCUAUUGUUCGUACGGCUUGACCUUUGUUUUGCGAUUGAUACUUCCUGUGUAAAUAGCCCCUGCAUAUAUUUCUCUAUUCAUCCAACAUCCUGCAAAACAUUCGUCCCUCGACACCAUCUGUUGUCAAGGCUGAGUUGAAGACAUGGCGAUCCCAGAGACAAACGAAGCCUGGCAGGGGCUCAUCGAUGAAGUCGCCAGCAAGAUUGAGCCGCAUCGCAUCGAGCCAAAGUAUGGCUUUCCGGACAAGAAGACGGCGGCCUUCCGAGGUCUGAUCGAUCACACCCUGCUCAAGCUCGAUGCAACCGCCGAGCAGAUCGAUCAAUUGUGUGCCGAAGCAUGGGAGUGGGAGUUUGCGUCCGUUUGCGUUCGCCCGAACUGGGUGAAACGCUGCGUCGACAACCUCGAGAGGUUCUCCCCCUCGUCACCAACGGCCUCGACUUCGAAGAUCCUGGUCGCGAGUGUCAUCGGCUUUCACGAGGGUGACUAUCCCAUCGAUCAUAAGUUGAAAGAGAUCACCCAAGCCACAACCGCCGGAGCCCAGGAACUCGACAUCGUCCUAAACUACCACCCUCUUCUAGAAAAAGACUAUAAAGCCGUGCACGCCGAACUCCACGCCCUCCGGACCGCCGCACCAACAUCAACCCUGAAACUCAUCCUCGAAACCUCGCGUCUGACCUCCGCGCAGAUCGUUUCGGCGUCGGUGAUAGCGGGACGCAAUGAUUUCGAUUUCAUCAAGACGUCGACGGGAUUCCACGGGGAGGGCGCGAAGGUGAAGGAUGUGGGGACCAUGAGGGCAUGUGCGGCAGUGCUCGCGCAGCAAGAUGGCAAGGAGAAGAUGCGUGUCAAGGCUUCUGGUGGGAUUCGUGAUUUGAGUCAGGCGGAGGCUAUGCUUGAAGCAGGUGCUGUGAGACUUGGGUGCAGUGCUGGUGUGCAGAUUGCAAAGGAGGCCGGUGGAGAGAAGAGGAACUUGCCAGCCGAAUUCACAGGACAUGGAGCGGGAAGACAAUCCUCUAGUGGUGGUGGUGACUACUGAUCUUGUUGCUACGUAUCAUGACGAUGCACAACGAUGAAACGACGAAACGUUGGUGACGGUA